GAGAGAGAGAGAGAGAGCAUGAUCCAUCCCCCCUGGCCCCGGAGGCCCGAGCUCAAAAGCAGCAGCCACCGCGCCCGCACCACCACCGCGCGCGCAUCCGCCUCCCUCGCACAGUCGCACGCACCGUCCAGUCAAAAGUCCUCGGGACAGGCCAGGCAGGGAGAGCAGAGCACUAGAGCAGCAGCAACACAACACAUCACGAUUCACGAGCGAUCGCCCGCCUACUCGCGGCAGCAGCCAGCCAUGAACCUGAACCGCCUGACGCCGGCGCACCACGGGGCGAUGCGUCCGCCCUCCGUGCAGGGGCAAGGGCUGGCGCGGUACGGCUCCGCGCCGGGCUCGCUCCUGGCCGCCAUCGCCGAGUCCGUGACCCGCGGCGACCCCGCGCCGCCGCCGCCGCCCGUGAGCCGGUUCUACUCCGCCGAGUCAUCGGGGCUCACCUCCUGCGAGUCCAGCUGCCGCACCGACGGCGGCGGCGGCGGACGUCCGCCUCCGCUCGAGCGGGCGUACGGCGGCUCCGGCGAGAUCCGCGUGCCUCCGCCGCCGCAGCAGCAGCACCCGCUGGCGGCUUCCACGCUGUUCCGCCACAGCAGCUCCCCCGCCGGGCUGCUCUCCCGCCUCAUGGCCGACCCGCACGGAAUGGCCGCGACCGGAGGAGGGAUGGGGAGCUACCCGCAGGUGGGCAGCGACGCCGCGAUGGGCCACGGCCACAGGCAGCUCAGCUCGCAGUGGAGCUUCUCCAGGCAGGACCUGCCGCAGAUCUCCGAGAUGGGGAUGAUACCCGACAUCGGGGAGAGCAUCGUCGCCGGCGGAUGCAACAGCUCCAGCGAAGGCGGCGGUGGCGGCGCGACGCAGGCGCAGUCCUCCUCCUACCUCUCCAGGAACUUCUCCGUCAGCUCCUGGGACGACACCAACUCCAUCAUGUUCUCGUCCCCCAGCAAGAAGCCUAAGGUGGACCCCGCCGAUGACAUGGUCACCAGCUUCAGCAACAUCGACUCGCAGUUCGGCUUGUCCAACUCGUCCUUGGAGAUGUCCGGCAUGGACGACUACCUGCAGAUGCAGCAGGACUCCGUCGCCUGCAGAGUCCGUGCCAAGCGUGGCUGCGCAACUCACCCGCGGAGCAUUGCCGAGAGGGAAAGAAGAACAAGGAUUAGCAAGAGGCUGAAGAAGCUGCAAGAUCUUGUGCCCAACAUGGACAAGCAAACAAAUACGUCAGACAUGUUGGAUCUUGCUGUAGAUUACAUCAAAGAGCUGAAGGACCGAGUAGAGAAGCUAAAACACGACCAAGCAAACUGUUGUUGCCUAGGAGUAGCCAACAAGGGCUGCUGAUGCUGGAGAAGCAGGUCGACGGAGGAGGGUAUUAUGUCGUAACAAUGUGAUUGUUAAACCAGAAUUGUUGCUUCAGAAGAUCAGGCUCUGAUUGUCAAACCAGAAUUGUUGCUUCACAAGACCAGGCUCAUGUCAAGUGGCUUCCAUAACUCAGCUUCCUCGUUCUUGGUUGUACCACGGAUUAGUGACUUAGUGUCGACGGCUUGAAGACUAGGAGAUGACAAGUAGGCUAUCGUAAUUUAAUUACUGUGGUGCGGUGGCUUAUGUGUAAAAAGUCCUCCCUUUCAACGCAAUUGGGAUUGUUGCUGAUAAAAUUAUUGUAGGAAUAUCAUGGGUUCCCAUUUUUCACUGAGCUAAUUUUUGCAGAUUACUAGAUUUUGACACGACCGUAACUCAGAACCAGUAUAAAUGAGCACUGAACAUUCAUGCCAUCAUAUACAAGUCCAUGAGAAUUUUAAUAUGA